AUUGUCAGAUUACCAGGGCCAUUUAUGCACCAGUUUAAGGACUCUUGCCUGUUAUCCUUGCCAGAAUACUGCUCUUUGCCUACAAUAACAUCUGUUUUGCCUGCAAUUUAUCUGCUGUUUCCAAUGCUCUGACAACCUGGGUAGCUAGAAAGGGGGCAGCACAGCAAACCUAAUGGGAGCUCACUGCGCAGAACUGUGUUCAGGGUCUGCUGUCUGCUGCUUCUAGGCGUUUCACGCAUCGGAGGAGCGGAGCUCUCCGUACUUCCUAUGCUCGUACGAUCCUGGCAGCUAAGCUCAUCUUCAACAGCCUCUGUCGACAGGCAAUAAUUCACAACACCAUGGAGAGCACGCACGCUCUCCUUCUAACUGCUGCUGUUUGCUUUCUCUGUCAAGGCUGCGGCGGCUCCGAGGCCGAGCACCGGCUCUACGCGGCCCUCUUCCAGAGCUACAACCAGUUCGUCCGUCCCGUCAAGAACGUCUCGGACCCCGUCAUCAUCCAGUUCGAGGUGUCCAUGUCCCAGCUGGUGAAGGUGGAUGAAGUCAACCAGAUAAUGGAAACCAACUUGUGGCUGAAGCACAUCUGGAAUGAUUACAAGCUUCGGUGGAAUCCAGCAGACUACGGAGGUGCUGAAUUCAUCCGAGUACCAUCUGGUCAGAUCUGGAAGCCAGAUAUUGUUUUAUAUAACAAUGCAGUUGGGGAUUUCCAGGUUGAUGACAAGACAAAGGCCCUAUUAAAAUACACGGGUGAUGUGACCUGGAUACCUCCGGCUAUAUUUAAAAGCUCAUGUAAAAUAGAUGUAACCUACUUCCCAUUCGACUAUCAAAACUGCACCAUGAAGUUUGGUUCCUGGUCUUACGAUAAAGCCAAAAUUGACUUAGUUUUAAUUGGCUCUACAAUGAACCUGAAAGAUUACUGGGAGAGCGGAGAAUGGGCUAUUAUUAAAGCUCCUGGGUACAAACACGACAUCAAAUACAACUGCUGUGAAGAGAUAUAUCCAGACAUCACCUAUUCUCUUUACAUUAGGCGUUUACCUUUAUUUUACACUAUCAAUAUGAUUAUUCCAUGUCUGCUGAUUUCUUUUCUGACCGUAUUAGUUUUCUAUUUGCCUUCAGACUGUGGUGAGAAGGUAACACUCUGCAUAUCAGUCCUUCUAUCUUUAACAGUGUUCCUUCUUGUUAUCACAGAAACCAUACCUUCUACUUCCCUGGUAAUUCCACUUAUUGGGGAAUACCUCCUUUUCACCAUGAUAUUUGUAACUCUAUCUAUUGUCAUUACAGUAUUUGUACUUAAUGUGCACUACAGAACACCCAAGACACACACAAUGCCUGUGUGGGUGAGAACCAUUUUCUUGAACUUACUUCCCAGGAUAAUGUUUAUGACAAGGCCUGCUAGUGACGAAGAGAAUAAUCAGAAGACAAAACCAUUUUUCACUUCUGAGCUUUCCAACUUAAAUUGUUUCAACAGUUCAGAAGCCAAAUGCUGCAAAGAUGGCUUUGUAUGUCAAGACAUGGCAUGCAGCUGCUGUCAGUAUCAACGAAUGAAGCUCUCAGAUUUCAGUGGCAAUCUCACAAGAAGUUCAAGCUCUGAGUCUGUAGAUCCUCUGUUUUCAUUUUCAGUUCUGUCACCAGAAAUGAGAGAUGCUAUUGAAAGUGUUAAAUACAUUGCAGAAAAUAUGAAAAUGCAGAAUGAAGCAAAAGAGAUUCAGGAUGACUGGAAAUACGUUGCCAUGGUAAUCGAUCGUAUUUUUCUAUGGGUUUUCAUCCUGGUAUGUAUUCUAGGAACAGCAGGAUUGUUUUUACAACCUUUGAUGGCUGGAGAUGAAAUGUAGAGAUUAAAUAGUAUGUUGUGAAAUCAAGUAAAACUUUUGCCAACAAACUCUGCAUCCCUAGCACCUGAUGUCUUCUAUGUGUAGUAGAAUAAGGAUCUCUCUUGGCCUCAACUUUGCUUGACCGAGAAGGCUAUGUUAAAAAUGUGGAAAAGAAAAAAAAAAAAAAAAAAAAAGAUACAUUUUCAACUAUUAUGACAGCUAAUCUCAAAGUAAUAGGAGCUACGCUUGACAGCUACUUUUUGCAAUAACUGGAAAUGAUGUAGGUACUACAUUAGACUUUAUAGGAACGUCUUAAGAGGGGGUUGAUAAAGAAACUGAAAAUUACAUGAAUACUUGGAAAGUCAAGACAGGUUGAAUACUUUGGGCUACUAGACUUGUUCCCAUGAGUCUGGUGCCAGGUCUCUUCAGACCAUGACAGGACCUUCUGGGAAUAAACUUAUACUGAGUUCAGUGAAUGCCCUCAUGAGGACAAAAUGGUUUAGGAAGCGUACAUAGCAAAUUGCUAUAAUGCAGACAUUGCCACCUGGUGUGUAAACUGACUCCAGCAGUGUAAGGAAAGGACCAUGAGUGGGUUUAUUACAAAAGGAAAACAAAUAGGUAAAUAAUAAGUUAUGGUGAUAAAGCAGUCAUCAUGUAAACUCUGUGCAACCCCAUAUUUCCACGUAUGAGAAGACUGUCAGAAAAAAAACAAGCUAUUCAAAAGUAAUAAUGUUUAAAACUAUGUACAAGUAAAACACACACUAAGAUGCAGUCUGCAGGUUAUGCAAAGGAUCAAAAUACUCUGAUAGGAUAGUCUGGAUACAGAGGCAUCAUGCUAUAGCAAAGUGGUUUAUGACAAGGGAAGGCAGGUGGAUACAAAAUAGUCCUGUAAACUAUGCUAACAUUGCUUCUUAGGCAUAUGUUUGUUUUGGGGUUUUGUGGUUUUUUUUUGGUUUUUUUUUUUUUUUUUUAAUCAGUAGCUGCAGAUAAUUUAAAAGCAUGAAUAAAGAAUGCAACACAGUACUGUAAUGAGAAAACAUUUUGUAAAAAAAAUACGAAUUGUUCUCUCUGUACCAAACUAGAAACUUUUUGCAAAUACAGUGUAUCAAGUGAUGUAACAUUUAUGAAAAUAAAAAGAAUCAAGCUGUUGAAAA